AAUAUUAAGCAAUACUUUGAACCACAAACCAAAGGCAAAAAACGAAAACAGAAUUUUUGAAAAGUGCUCUCAACAAGUGAAGGACUUCCAGGCUGGAAGUGAGCUUUAUUUGUGUUGUGGUUGCGGCUGAGCGAAAGCUUCAUUUGGCCAGCAACAAAAAUGCAGCCGAGGCGCGUGGCAUGCCACAGUUCAGCUCGAGCAGCGUGCGCGCUCGGUCGGGCCAUAUUUUCCGGCAGCCAGCAAGCGGCACCAGUUGCAGCGCGCGUUCAAGCGGAAACGGAAGUGCAGCGCAGCAGGCAACAGCAGCAGCAACAACAACAACAACAACAACAAAACAACAAAAACUGUGCAAACUGUUGCUCGGCUAAACGCGUGGUUUUCCGAGUGUCGCAACGCAAUUGAGACAAUUAAAAAAAUAUAUUCGGGAAAUUAAGAACAAGCGGUGUUUGCAGAAAUUUAAUGAAAAUAAGAGAAAAUUCAUUGUUUUUUAAAUGCAGCUGCCGCAGUAAAUCUACACUCGCAAAACCACGCCCAAUCCUCGCCAGCAUUUGGUAAAUAUGGCACAGCAGCAGCAUAGCUGGGAUGGCGGCGAUGCCUCUGCCGCCGGCACGGGCUAUGGCGUUCAUGGACAUACACCAACACAUACACAUACACAUACACAUACACAUGGUGGACACAAGACGCCAGCGCGUGCGGCCAGCAAUCCGUUGCCGUAUAAAGGCGCCACGCCAAAAUCGCCCAGAAGCUACCAUGCGGCGCCGCCCUCGGUUUAUGCCACGCCCACACAGUCAAGUAGCAACUAUGCCUACGGCAGCUAUGAUGGGCCGCCGCCGCGCAGCCCGAAGAUAACGACAACCUAUGCGAAUGACAGCUGCGAUGAGGGAAGCAGCUCCACGCCCUCCUCAUACUAUCAAACGCCCACCUCGGGCUCCAUGGAUGAUUCCUGUUCGCUGCUCAGCGGCCAAGCGACGCGCAGUCCCAAAUCGCCGUGCAAAUUUGUUUUCGAUGCAGUCAGUCCAGGCGCUGGCAUGGAUCAGUCGGCAUUGGGCAAGAAAUUCGAGUAUUAUGAGCCCAUAUCGCCGGAUGAUGGUUCGCUGUACUAUGAGCCGCCCAGCUCGCCGCGUCGUCAGGGCUCCAAGAAGCUAAUGCGAGCACAGCCUCAGCAGCUGGAGCAGCGGCCGCAGUUGACCACCAGUCAAGGCAGUAGCAAGCGGCGCCGGGAUGAAUGGGAGCUGCCGGUCAUAACCAAAAUCGAUGCACGUUGCCUGAACGCAACGGCAGCGGCAGCAGCAGCGGGCAUAUCCACGGGCUACUCCAGCGGCGGCAACAGCGGCAGUUACUUCACCCUGAAGCGGGACUCGUGCGUCACAGAGUGCACACAGCUGUCGAUGGAGUCGGGUGAGAGCCAGACACAGCACACGAACAGCACGCUGGUGACCACUACCACCACCAGCUUCAGCUACACGGACACGGAUGUCGGCGGCCAACAGCAACAGCACCAGCAGCAGCAUCAGCUGCAUCGCCAAAGACGUCAUGCCAUUAACAUCACCUCGAAUCCAGGAUAUCAGGUGCUGCACAGCUCUCACUCCACCUUGGAUCGCACCUGCUCGGAUAGUGUUGUCUCGCUGCGCUAUCGCAAAUCUACAAGUGACCUGACCCAGGAUGCCGAGCAUGAGCUCAGCGGCUGUAAGCCGUCUAAGCCCAAGCGUGAUGCGGUCGAGUACAAGCCGCGGCGCAGGGGCAGCUCUAAGGGUGGACUUGCCUACUUGGCCAGUCGGCGCAGCUCACGCGAGUCCAUGAAGAGCGCCUGCUCGAAUGCUUCCAUAUUCUCCAACGAUGACAUCGGACCGUUGGCCUUCCAAAGCUCCAAUCGCGGACGACAGCGACGCACCUCCAACUUUUUGGAGCUUCCAGUUCCCGAUCAUGUACGUCCGCGCGUAUGCUCGCUGCCGGAGCGUCCGUACAAUCCACGGGCCAGCGAUGAUCUCUAUCGGCUGCGCCACUUCUCCAUUAGCAAAGGCAAUGUGGUCAAUUGUGGAGACUCGAUAAUUUCGCGACGUUCGCGCAGCAACACAAGCGUCAAUUCCACCAAUAGUCGGGCCAGCGAACGUUCGCCGUUUGAGGGCAGCUGCUGUGGUGCGGGCUAUGCGAACGUGGACUCGCUGCCCGCCUCGCCGGAUGAAUCGGAGAAUAUGGAACCGCCCCCGCCGGCACGCUAUCGUGUCGUUAUGCUGGGCGAUGCGGGCGUGGGCAAAACGGCGCUGGUCAAUCAAUUCAUGACCUCGGAAUAUAUGCACACCUACGAUGCAAGCCUAGUUUUAGACGAUGAGUUCGGCGAGAAGACGGUCAGCGUUCUGCUCGAUGAUGAGGAGUCCGACAUGGUAUUUAUCGAUCAUCCCAGCGUUGAGAUGAGCGUGGAAAAUUCCCUGUCCACCUAUGAGCCGCAUGGCUGCGUGGUGGUCUUCUCUGUGGUGGACAAGGGCUCCUUUCGCAUUGCCGAGGAGAUUAUCAACUAUUUAUGGCAGGAGAAUUACACCAAGGAUAAGGCCGUCAUACUUGUGGGCAACAAGGCGGACCUGGCUCGUGCGCGGCUUAUCACGACACAAGAGGGCAAAACAUUGGCCGCCUCACGCGAUGCCAAAUUUAUUGAGACGUCCAGCGGCAUACAGCACAAUGUCGAUGAGCUGCUCGUCGGCAUACUGAAGCAGAUGCGGCUAAAGGAGACGCGCGAGAAGAAAGCUACCUCAUCGAAGAUGAAAACCUCACGCACUCACAUUUCGCUGCAUCUGGCCAAGGAAAUACUACAAAAAAUUUGCCUUAGCGACAUUUCCAAAUCCAAAAGCUGUGAAAAUCUUCAUGUGCUAUAAAAAACUUGGAAAAUUUGAAACAGAAAAUUACCCCAAACAAGCAGGCGCAAAAAAACAAUAGCCGAAAAAAAUUAAAUAAAUUAAUAAUAAUAAACAGAGCUAAACAAAAAAUUAUUUUGCUAGCAUUUAAAAAUGUAAAAGUAUACAUAAAAAUAUAUAUGUAUACAAGCUCCCCAUAAAACCCAUAUACCAUAUAAACCAUAUAAACAUAUAUAUUCGUAUUAUAUAGCCAAUGCUCAGCUUGCAUGUUUUGAUGUUCUCUUUUUAAAGGCGUUUUUACGAGUAUUAUAAACAUAUACAAAUUAUUAUGAAUGUUGAGACAAGAAAAACAAAAUAUGUUACAGCCAAUUUGUGUACAAUAUAGACCUAUAGUAUAUGUAUGUAUAUGUGCGGGUUGUGUGUUAAAGUUGCGAACAGGUGUUGAGCACAGAAUGUUAUAAAUCAUGUUGCAGACAAUUGGUAAUAUUUGCCAUAAUAUUUAGGCUCGAUUCUCAUGUGCUUGUCAAAGUUGACGAUUACUUUGGCAUAUUCUCAAAAUAGAUUCAGUUUUCUCAGCUUGCUGUUAAUUGAUUUAUGGGCUGGGAUUAACAACAAGCAUUUACAUUGGACGGAAAAUGUGAAACUUAAUUCAGGUUAAGCCUAAUUGAAAUUCUGAGAUAACUGCUAACGGAAGUUAAGCUGCUUUUAUUUUUAAACAGCUUACAUGGACGGAAACAUGUGACGGAAAAAUGAUGUAUAAAGAAAAUGCAUGAGAAAAUUUGCGUAAAUUUGUGGCAAGCUUUUGGUCAACUGACCUGAACUUUGACAGGAUAAUAUGUUAACGUAUGUCAACUAAGCUCAUUUUAGAAAUUGAAGUUAACUUGUCAACUAACAUGGACUUUGUACUUUGUACGUCAAAUUGACUGUUAAUGAGCUGGUCUUAAGCUCGCCUAGCUUCUGGUCAACUGACAAGAACUUAGCAGAGAAAUGUGGGAAAUUGACUUAAAUAAGCUUGGUUAAGAAAUUGGAAUAACUACUGAUGUGACCUUGGCAAGAGUUAGAUAGGUAUUAGAUGAGUUCGCUUUAAGCUCGGUUAGCUUACAGGUCAUUUAGAUGAACUUCGACAUAGGCAUGUGUAGAAGGUCGCUAAAACAUCCACGCUCAGAAUCUAGAUUCACUUCUAGUCAACUUAAAUUGACUCUUAUUACUGUUAUGUUGGAUCCAUGGGCAACUGACAUGAAUUUUGACAGGGACAUGACCUAAAAGGCAACUAGGUUAGGCUUAAACAGAUUGGGGUACAAUGUCGAUAUUUGAUACCUUUAAAAAAUUAUCACAGACGGUAUAACGCCCCAGUCAGUGGCAUUUGGCUGGUGCGGUCAGGCCCCCGAUUUGGCGAUUGUAGCGUUUUGUUUAUAGCGGAUGUUUUGAUUGGCUUGCCAGUUAGACCCAGACAGCAGCAGGCAGCAGUUAUCGCCAGUUCGAGCGUCUGGCCUUGGCAUAGCCCCGAGCGCACCUACUUUUUGGUGCCAGAGCUGAUAACAGCGAGCAGCAGACGCGACGCGUGGCAUUAACUAUUUUGCAAGAUGGGCUCUGGUGGGAAGUAUUGUUAGAUCUCGCACACAUAUACAUACAAUAUAAUUAAAUAUAAUUGUAUAUUUCUAUGUGUUCCAAAGCAAGACAAAAAUGUUUAAUUCAAUAAUGUACUGUCAAUUUUUUUUCUUAAAGCGAAAACAAAAAACGAAAACAUGCUUCAAGUAUAAUCCGGCAGAAAUAUUUAAGUACUAAUAUGAAUGUGUUUUAAGAAAAUUUACAUUGUUAGGUGUGUGUUUAACUAAACUGUAUAUUUAUGAUUAAAGCUCCUUUGAGUACUUAGACGACAAGCUUAA